AUGGCACCCCUCAAUCGAUCGUACUCCCUGCCCGUCUCCCUGUCCAACCCCGUGUCCCGUCUCAAAGCCCUAAGUGGAGCUGCGAGUAGAGACGAGGUAAGCAAAAAUCAACGUGAUUCUGUUAAAUCCCCCUUAUCUACUCCCCCUCUCGCUGCUGUCAUCGAAGACAGAGCUUCCUCUUCCACCUAUCAAAGACCUUCUCCGGAGAGUAUUGAGUCUGCGCCUUUGGAGGAAGAGAGAGCUAGAAGGAGGUUCAGGAGGCCUAAAAGUGUUAAGAUCAAGGAGGUAGAGGAAGGAAAAGAGAGAGAGCACGAGCUGACUAUACCUGUCCCUAACCAAACUUAUCCCCCUUCUUCCACCCCUUUCUCAACUUCCACUCCACUCCCUCUCGACAAUCAGGCUUCCAACCUGAUCCUCGGUGCCAUCGACCGUGGAAGACCCGGUCAGAUCUCCCCAAGUAGUUCAGCAACCGAUCUCAACAAGCGAUCAAGCGGAGCUUUCGCUGCGUUAGGACUGAAAGCAGCAUCUAUCGGCUUGGCAACUCCAUCAAGAGUUCCCGAUGAAACUGGUACAGAUACCGCCCCUACCAGUACAACCUCGACACCCAAGGCAUCCUUCCUUCAACCAUCCAAACCUGUCGGUGGAGGAUCUUCCCGAGGACCAAGAGCACCUUCCCCAUUCUUCCGAGCUAGGAAGUCGAGAGAACAAGCGCGAGAAAGAGAAAAGAGUCCGGAAGUCAAAGCGUUGAAGAAGGAUAAUUACGGCGCAGAAUCCGAGGUUGAGCCUGAAACUGAAGCCGAGUCAGUCAGCGGUGCACCCAAGAAAUAUCGACCUCAAGCAUCAGCAUAUGUAGAUGAUGAUAGUGCAUCGGACUCGGCGGCAUCUCAGUCUGAUUCGGAAUCGCAAUCGGGAGAUGACGAAGACUAUGCUGAUAUCAUUGAUGAAGACGGAGAAGUAAUUUUCGAUGAAGAGACCGAGAAGAAUACCGAAGCCAAUGCCGUCUUCUUCGAAGGUGACGCAGCUGGGCUAGGCGGUAGAUCAGCAACGGGUGAAGAAGGUGAUAAGGAAGAUACCAAUGAUCCUGAAGUCCCCUCGAUAUCACCGAGGGAUGACGAUCAAUUGGAUUUCUUCGGCGAAGAAGUAGAACAAGACCCCUUGGGUGAAGGACCCAACGUCGUCGUGCCCCCUCAAUCUCUGUUCCAAACUUCUUCACUGCAUCAACCGAAAAGACGAAAAUCGCUCAGAUCAGGUAUCGAGCUUGUCACUUCCCGACCUAGCUUUGCCAGAGAUAGAUGUACGAUCACGCUCACUCAUGGUGACCCGGAUGCAGCUUUGGAAGCCAGUGCGAGAGAUGGGGAUGAGCUAUUUAUGAUUUCGGUGAAGGAAGAUGAGAGUAAAGUUGAUCCAAAAGCAUGGUCAAAUUCGGAUCGAGCUCAGAAACUUCGCGUGCAGAAGGAGCGACAAACGACUGCAUUACUUUUGGUCAAACAAGUCACUGGACUAUUGCAGCGGACUCGACUGAAUAUCACGGUGACAUGUCAAUUCGUUCAUGCUAAGAACGCAAGGCACAUGUUGCUCGAUCUUAUUGACUUCCUGGAACCCACGAUGAAAUCUUCUGUUCCCGUGAUGGUCGCUCGAAGACGUCUUCAACGACCAUUACGAAAGACGAACCCAGCCAAUCUCAGACAUUCACCUCGAGUCAGCCUCGCUUCUGCCAGUAUCGAGAAGACCGCUUCGAGUAAACAGGAAGAUGAAGUCAUGGAUGUCGCUGAGUCUGAGAAAGAGGAUGGUAAACCUACUAGUGCUAGCACCAGUGGACCUAACCCUCCUGCUUAG